AUACAGAGAGAGAGAGAGAGAUGGCGGGGCAUCUAGUCCCCCUCGAUCGCGGUUUCUCCCCGAGCAGCGGUGGCGCUGCACCUCUCUUAAACUCGCUAUUCAUGUCCACAGUAAACAUGGCAGCGAAAACUCUUGUUGCGGUGGCCUCCGGUGGUAGUACCCCUGGGGAGCGGUGGAAGCCGUCGGACCACGCUCGCUAUGUACUCAUGCUUAUGGUGUGGUUCACAGUAUGGGUGCUCCGCAUCCUCAUGGACUGCCUUCCAUGCCCUUCUCUCCCUUCCUCCUCUUCUCUCCUACUCCAUGAUUGGCCUUUCCAGGGCCCGCUUGCACUUCUCGACCAUGCCGGGUCUGCCCGGAUCACAGAGCCCUCACCGAAGGCCCUAGAGCGAGCCCUCUCUCAAAUCUUCUCUCUCCUCAACGACAUUCCCGCCUCAUCAAGAAAAUACCAAUUUGCAUUGUCUAUGGUAGACAAAAUCGUAGAGGAAAAUGCACUUGUAGGAAGUGAGGCCCUUAGAGAAGUGAACCGUGUGGCUCUCUCAAGUGCUUUUUCUCGCACGUGUGCUCUUCUCCACUCUUCUCUCCAUGUAAAUCGACAAAGACAAGAAAGCACUGCCCCUUGGCCUUUUAAGCUCUUACAAACUCUUCCUCUUGGUUCAACAAUUGCAAUGUCACUAUGGAGCUUUUGUAGUUGUGUAGGGUCCUUCUUGAGCCCACAAAUUGGUGUAGGGCACAUACCUAGGCUCUCAACUGAUGGAGUUGGGGAGAAGGAAGGGGUGGGUGAUGAGGUUUUGGCAGAGAAGUUGGCCCAAGAGCUGUUGUGGAUCACAGAGAAAAUGAGGGCGUGCUCAGCUGCGGAGGACGCCGUGGUUCAGUGGAGCUUCGCGUCAGGAUUGGCCUCGAUUUCGAUCACCGCAAACCGGAGGGUGCAAGGUUCAAUUGUGAAGUUAUCAGCAAUCUUGAUAAGGGAGGUGGCAUCAAGGGAGAUUGAGACAUGUAGGCAGGUGAAGUUCAGGCUCUUGAUCCAAUGGCUUCCAUUGUUGUGCUAUGCUUCGAAUGGAGUUGCAUACCCCAUACUUUCAAGGACAGAGAGGAGAGAGGUGGAGAGAGCAAUAGAAGAGAUCAUAGAGAGCUUACCAGAUUGUGAUCAAGAGAUCAUCCUCUCUAAUUGGCUCCAAGACUUCACCUUUUGCUCUUCAGAUUGGCCCAAUCUUCAAUCCUCCUUUGAUAGAUGGUGCCAUUCCACUAGGAAGCUCAUUGCCUAGCUCCAACCCCUUCGUCUCCUCUCCAUUUGGAACUUGUUCAUGCAUGUAUAUCUUUUUUUUUCUUCUUUUUUUAUCUGUUUAUGGAGUUCUGUAUAUAUCCCUCUGGUUGAAUACACACCUUCAAAACAACAAAGGUGUUUUAUUUAGGGCUGGCAAUGGGCCGGGCCUACGAAAAAAGAUAAAGAAA